GCCAUGACAUCUCAACGCCCUGAAGACGCCCCGCGAUGGCCCGGCUGAGGUGCACUCACCUGCUGCACUGACACGCUCAUCUGCCUCUAUACCCCGCGAGUACAAAGUGACCUCUAGCAAAGCCCACUGGACCUUGCGCGUUGACCGCAUCGGAGUCGCUUCCCUAUUUUUGUGCGGCCAUAGGGGUAGGACACAACAACCAGGGGCUUAACCAUGACUUCUCUUGCAAAAACUACGCUUGAAACAAGCCGACCUGCAAAGCGGGCAAAGGUUGCCGAUGCUGAAGCCGGAGCAGCGAUACCGGAGCUAGAGGGCAUUCGGCAGUCAGAGACGCAGCUUACAUACCUACAGGCGCAAUUAGCGGCCACCGAGGCGUUGUACUCGGCUUAUGAGGAGGAGCUGCAAGGGCUGUCGAACCAGCUGAAGGGCGUGAAGCAAGCCCACGUAAACGCGGGAAAGCCGCUGUGGAAGGAGGGAGCGGAUCAGCAGGCUGAAACGGCAAGCGGCUCACUAUCGUGGCCAGGGACUGGGGACCCUGUGGCGUUCGACGGUGACAGCUUCUCAGCCAUUGAGGAGGAGGUGCUCCUGCAAACGGAGGCGGAGCAGGAGCCGGCGGCAGCGAGCGGGGAGGCCGGGGCAACAGGGGCGGAGGGGCCAGGCGCGGUGCUGGGGGAGCGUCUGGCGGCACUGGAGGCGACCUGCAGCGCCAUAAGCCAGGAGGACAUGGAGGCGCAAGGCGCUGUGGGCUGCCUGGCGGGCCGCAGCGGGCGCUACUACCUGCGCUCCACCGCCGUCACACUGGGACGGGCCACGGACACCAAGGGCGAUGUGGACGUGGACCUGGCGCCCGAGGAGGCGGCGGCGGCAGCAGCGGCGGCGGGGGCUGGGGCCGGGGCAAGGCGGGCAGGCGCUGGUGCCGGCACCGGCCAAGGAGCGGCAGCCGGGCAGGCACACGGGGCGCCCGGGGCGACUGCUGCGGGCAGCGGCCACUCAGGCGCCGCCGCCGCCGCGCGGCACAGCGUGUCUCGACGCCAGGCGCUGCUGCGGCUGGGCCCCGACGGCCAGUUCCGCAUAACCAACAUGGGGCGACAGGCGGUGGUGGUGAACGACGUGCCGCUGCCGCAAGGACAAACUGUGUGCUUGCCGCACCUCAGCCUCGUCGAGAUAGGCGGCGGCAGCAGCUCUGGAGGCGACAGCAGUGGAGGCAGCGGAGGCGUGCGGCUGUUGUUCCUGGCAAACCUGGCGGCCGUGGGGCGGGUGGUGCGGCGCUCCAGUGCUCUGGUGCUAUGAGCGGCCGAGCUUGAGAGCUUGAGCGACGGGGAAGUAUGGCCAGGAGUGUUGAAGGGAUCUGGUAUUGUGGAGGUAUUCGAGCUGGGGGCGCGAGGAGUGCGUGCAGUUGGGAGGUGCGGUGCUGCCGCUUAGUGCGGGGGAGUGCUUGCUGGCAUGCCGCGUUGCACUUGCGGGCCGGUGCGGGUGGUUGCGGCCGCUGGCGCCGGGCGCUUGGCGCUGGACGGAGUGUGCGGUGCGGAUGGGGCCGUGGUCAGUACUCCCCGUGACGCCGCCAGCGCACUAUCAUAGCCUUUGUUGCAGCGGCUGUUAGGACGGGUUUGUGACUGGUAAGGGCGCCUCUGCUGGACCUAAUGACCACGGUCUGUCAGUGAUACGAUCUUGUAACAAUGCAACUCGGGAUUCCGCGACAUCCGGGCACGCUCAUGCGGGCGCCUCGUUAACUCUUAAGUUCGCUUGCUGUGACCGUGUUCCCGGCAGGCCCAAUGGAUAGUGCCCAGGCAACACGUAAAACAGACCAACUUGUAAGCACUACAUCCU